AUGGAAGACGACUACACAUCGAUUGAAGAUUAUCUGAGCAAUGAGGUUUACGUGACGAAGACGAGUGAUUUCGAUGACCCUCUGCCCAGUACCCCGACCCUUCGGGAGGAUGUGACCCGAACAGAGCCACUGGAACAGCUGAUAUUCUUCUACUCCUACAACGCCGUCAUAGUGGCGGUGGGGAUUAUCCUGAAUCUUGUGCUUAUACGAGGAAUCGCUUGUGCCAAGUCUACCGACGCCUUGCUGUUUGUGCUACAGAUAGCGAUCGUUGAUGUGUUGACGCUUCUCACAAGCGAUUGGGAGCUUUACUAUCACCUUACGCGCACUUGGACGCUCCCGGUGGAACAGUGUACGCUGUAUAGUGGGCUCGAAUCGCUUACCAGUGUCGCGAUCGCGUACUUCAUCGUCGGGCUCAACUUUCACUCCAUCUCGACGUACAACCUGGCCGUGGAUGUGGUGAAAAGCGGUACUAUCGCCUCCAACGAACCCGAAAGCAUAGCCGAGGAAAACAGUUACGAAGUGGCCACGGAUGCGGUGUCCCAGAAGCGAUCCCUCACCAUCGACUAUCGGUACAAGAAAACGCGAAUUUCGGUGCAGUUUCCGAUUCUUCUCGUGUGGUUUAUCGCCAUCUCCGAGUCGCUGCCUUUGUUCUUGUUCUCUGACAUCGUAGUGGCACCCACGCCACUGGCUGGCAAUGAUGUGGGCAAUCAGACGCAACACUGCACCGUGCUGGUGAACACCGUCACCAAUCAUCGCCUCGUGAGCCUCAUGGUCAUCCUCAUACGCAUCAUCCUGCCGACCGUAGCCCUGUUGAUAACGACCGUCCAGAUGGUGGUCAAGUUCUACCGAGGCAAACGGUUCGCACAGCCCGACGAAAUCGAUGAGAAUGUGGCGUUCGCCCUUAAGCUGUCCAUCUUUCUGUCGAUCUCGUACAUCGUGUUUACGGCCCAACGGCUGUACGGAUCGUUGCUGUUGGAGAUACUCUCCGAACCGAACGUGGUGCCCAAGUAUCCGCUGUUUAGCUCCACAAUCGGACUAACACUAGCUGUAUUUCACUACUGUGCUUCCUUUGUUCGUCCGCUGGUCAUAGUGGCGAUGUGCAAGCAACGAAAUAAUCAUGUCGAUAUCCACUUUCUUUGCCGGAAACGAUCAUCAUCAGAUUCGAUUUCAUUAGAAUAA